AUGGCUAUAGGUGGCAUCGAUAAACAAGAAACGGUCAGAUUGAGGAAACGACAGGCAAGACAAUUUGAACGUUCAAUGAAAGGAGUCAAAAAGUUUUGCUCAACACAAAGUUCUAAUAUUGUUUCAACAGCUUUGGAUGAAGACGAGACGCAUAUCAAUUUUCCCAAAACCAACCUAGCAACAGAAACACUUCUGACAAACCUGUCAUUUACAAUUACACCAACAACAACAUUCGCUAAUCGAAAUUUACUGCAGUUACCAACAUUGGCAAAAGUUUGUGAUAGAUAUCGAUUGUCUACACGAUCUGCUGCUGCUGUUGCUUCUGCCGUUUUAGUUGACGUAAGUCUUGAUUCAAAUGAAGACUCAACUCUAGUAAUAGACAAAAAUAAAGUACACAGAGCUGUAUCAAAGGCCAGAAAAAAUAUAUUUCAAAAUAUUAGCGAACUUUCAUUAAACAGCAUUUAUUUUGAUGGUCGAAAAGACAAAACGUUGGUGAAUAAAAAAAUAGGAGUCCGUUACCAUCGCAAAGUGGUUUUAGAAGAACAUAUUUCAAUUUUAUCAGAACCUAAUUCUAUUUUUUUGGGACACACAUCGCCAUGUCGUGGAACCGCAAAAGAAAUCUUUACUUCAAUCAUAACUUUAUUAAAAAAUCGAAAUUACAAUUUAAAUGACGUAAUUUGCGUUGGAUGUGAUGGAACUGCAACAAAUACCGGGUGGAAAGGUGGUGUAAUUAAAUACCUUGAAGAGUAUUUGGAUAGACCUUUACAAUGGUGUGUUUGUAUGCUUCAUGCUAACGAACUACCUUUUCGUCAUUUAUUCUUGGCUUUAGAUGGCUGCUCUUCAGGUCCUAGAGAAUAUUCAGGGCCUAUUGGAAAACAAUUAGCUACUUGCGAAAAUAAAACUACGUUGCUUUUUCAACCACUGACCGGUAAUUUGCCUGAUUUAACGAAAAAUGUAGUUAAUGAACUGAGUACAGAUCAAAAAUAUCUCAAUGAAAUAUGUCAAGCAGUAUUAACUGGUUGCUGUAGUCCUGAGCUCGCAAACCGUCAACCUGGAAAUCUAUCUCAUUCAAGAUGGCUUACUUGUGCCAACCGUUUACUUAGACUAUAUGUAAGUACUCCUGAUCCAUCAGAAAGUUUGCAAAUACUUGUCGAAUAUGUAGUUAAAGUAUAUGCUCCUAUUUGGUUUUCAAUUAAACAAAAAACAUCUUUUAAAGAUGGAGCUAAGCAUAUUUUUAAUUUAAUUUUAUUCUCUCGAUAUUUACCAACAAAUCUAAGAACAAUUGUAGAUUCUGUAAUUGAGAGAAAUGCUUUUUAUGCACAUCCAGAAAACCUUCUUGUUAGUAUGUUAUUUGACGACAGAGACUAUAUUCGGGAACUAGCAUGUCGAAGAAUAAUAAAAGCUAGAAAUACUGACAAUGGUUUCAAACAGAGAAUAUUUAAAACACCGAAGCUUAACUUCUCUGCUAAAGAUUAUACUGAAAUUAUUUCGUGGCAGGAGUGUCAAGUUACAGUACCACCUGUGCUUCGGGAUGUUACUAAUGACGAACUCAAAAAGAUGGCAAAAGAUGGAAGCCUUAAAAUUGUUGAUUUUCCUUGCCACACACAAUCAGUAGAGAGAUGUGUUAAACUGAUAACAGAAGCAUCACAGAGUGUGACUAAUGUUAAUUCGAAAGAUGGUUUCGUAAGAACCACGUUACAAAGUCGAGCUGAAUUUCCAAUUUUCGGACAUAAAAAUAAAUUGAAAUUUUAA